AUGGUGUUACAGAACCCUUCAGCAACAGCUUCGUUGUUAUUAGCCACCACAGCGAGGGUUUUCAUGGCAUCCUCAGCUGUGGACUACACUUUGCUGGUUCUAUGUGGAAAAUCACUUGCUGAGAAUGAAGCUGCUAUAGCAAUUAAGGCUAAUAACACUCUUAAGCUCCCUGACAAGGGAAAAUUAUCCAUUAUUUUGCAUUCAGAAUUAAAUAAAAGUGUUAUGCAAAUGCAACAAAAGUCCUUUCAAUUUAGUUCCUUUGUGAAUUCUCUUUCCACUAAUCAAUUUGGCAGGUUUCUCAUGUGGUCUCCAGAGUUAUCUUCAACACAUGAUGUUGUGUCGCACAACUUUUGUGAGCUUCCGAUUGGGACAGUAUGUGUUGCUGAUAUUCAGAACAAAGGACGAGGUCGGUCAAAGAAUGUCUGGGAGUCCCCGUUAGGUUGCCUCAUGUUUUCUUUUACUCUGCAAAUGGAGGAUGGACGGGUCGUUCCUUUAGUUCAGUAUGUGGUUUCCCUUGCUAUCACAGAGGCAAUCAAGGAUAUCUGUGACAGAAAUGGAUUACCAUGCAUUGAUGUCAAAAUCAAGUGGCCAAAUGAUCUAUACUUAAAUGGAUUUAAAGUUGGAGGCAUUCUUUGCACCUCAACAUAUAAAUCAAAGAAGUUCAACAUCAGUGCAGGAAUAGGAUUGAACGUCAAUAAUGAGAAACCAACAACAUCCUUGAAUUCAGUUCUAAGAGAAUUGUCUGUGGGAGCUUACCAAUUUCAAAGAGAAGAUGUUCUGGCAGCCUUUUUUAACAAAUUUGAGAAGUUUUUUGAUCUAUUUGUGAACCAAGGAUUUCAAACCCUAGAAGAACUAUAUUACAAGACAUGGUUGCACAGUGGGCAGAGAGUUGUUGUACAGGAAAAGAACGAGGACAAAGUCGUUGAACAUGUCGUAACUAUUCAGGGUUUAACGUCCUCAGGAUACUUGUUGGCCGUCGGUGAUGACAAUCAAAUGUGUGAGCUCCACCCUGAUGGUAAUAGCUUUGACUUUCUCAAAGGACUAGUCAGAAGGAAGCUUGAGUGA